AUGGAGCGCCUGAACGACUCAUCUGAUGACGCUUUGGCUUCGUCGUUGUUUCGGGGAACCUUAACAGCGCUAGAAUUGCAAUCUUUGGAGUCACAGUUGCGGGAAGCGCGUCGGAAUGAUGACGUUGUUUCGAUUUAUACGGCAGAUGUGAUUAAUGACAUCACGGGAGACCAAGAUGUGCCUGUCCUGCCUGACGUAAACAUGUUGUUAUGGCGGUCGCAGGGUGCGGAGGCGGCCUGCGCAGUUUCUGACGAGUGCAUUGUAAUACGGAUGACGAAGUUGCAAUUACCUUGGAUAGUUGGUUACAGGUUGUGCACGGAGGUCAGCCACCACGUGCAAAUUGCGGCCGUAACAAAGGGCAGCUGCGCUAUCAAAACGAUCGACGUAAGGGAGCAAGUGCCGGAAAUAAAGAAGGGUAGGAAGUUGUAUUUCGACGUCCUUCUAGAUGAGGCCUGGGUACUUCCGGUCUCCGACUGUCUGGGAGGGGUCGGAACGAUACUAGAAGUGGUGAUCGGUGACCAACAGUGGUCUACGGAGUCUCUGGAUUUGCCAAAUGCCCCAUAUCCGAACCCAUGUCCACGAUCCGUGUGGUUCAAAGACAUACGCACCUCCCCCCCCUUUGGACGAGCGCCACUCACCUCGGUGGGCCACGGCGCUUCUGGUUCUAUCUAUUUCACCUUCCACUAUGUCCGUGGAAUCGGUGGUCGUGCUAGCAGCGGUCGUAACGGGAGUCCGGUUACCAGCUGCCGUGGAGCUACUGGGCAUGGAGUUAUGGGUCACGGCUGUAAGUCCCAGCAGCUUCGCUGCGCGGUCCGGAAAGGAGCCCACAAAAGUUCCCACUUGGAUAAACUGCUCAAGAAACUGUGGUGGGACAUGGCACCCCCAAGCCAAGGCCAACUGGAGACCGAAGAAUGGCUUUCCCAGGUUCCUGAAGGUCUCUCUGCUGUUGAUUUCUUCCUAAGCCGACCCUCGUCCAACUGCCUCUGGUCAUGGGCCCGCGGCAAAUGGAAACAGGGACACGUCAGUCAACCUGCGGGGAUCUUGACUCUUAUUGUCAAAUUCCUAAAUUGA